AUGGCUUCUACACGGGCGGCAUCAGCAGGUGCAGUUUCCUCGAAGAAGGCAGGUAUGCCUCGACGUCAGGCUACGGCAGUGCCUCUGGAUUAUUCCUUCAUGGGGCUCACAACACUCUCAGAGAUGCAGCAGCACGACCCCAAGCGCCAAAUGCCGGUGUCGCUGCGUGUUAACAACAACAAGAUCUCCAACCUGGACGACAUGCACGAGGCGCUGCGUGCUGUGUUCGACUACCCGGGGAUGUUGCAGUGGCUGGACCUUUCGGGCAACGAGCUCGAGAGCAUUCCGCCCGACGUCUUCUCCGCGUACCCGGAGCUGUUCACGCUGCAUCUGCACGGGAACCUGCUGAGCAAAUACUCGGACGUGGACGCGCUGGCCAAGUGGCUACCACGCUUGCACUCCAUCACGCUGCACGGGAACCCGCUGGAGGAGAAGAAGCACUACCGCAACUACGUCAUCGCGGCCUUCCCGAACCUCAAGCAGCUCAACUUCAGCUCCGUCACGCCUGGAGACCGCACCAAGGCGGAAACCUGGGCAAGCAUCUACAAGAACGCUCGAGGGGGCGGUAGUGGCCGUCAAGACGACGAUCUGUGA